UUGAUUGCUACACGUCUUUUGGAGCCAGGAGAAAAACAACUGAGAGUCCAUUUCUUGAUUGAUUAAGGGAUUGUCAAAAAAAUGGAGUCUUUGCUUCGUGGGUCCUUUCCUCAGCUUAGCUCUUCACUUCCUUGUGAUGGGAAUUACCUGGGCGAGACCAAAUUCAAAGUGGGUCAUUCUCCAAGAGAAGUUCAGGUUUACAGGUGCAGAGCAAGGAAGAUCCUAGAAAGACAGUGUGUUGUUAGGUUUCAGCGGCAUCAUAGUGGAUUUUCUGUGAAAAAAUCUACAAAUUACCAGGAAAAUAAUGCUAAGUUCUUAGUGCAUGCUACCUCUGGGCAACCUUUUGAAUCUGAGUCUGGAGCUUAUAAUCCUGAGAGUACUUCAAAAUCUGUCAAAAAUGCCUUAGAUGCUUUCUACAGAUUUUCACGGCCUCACACUGUUAUAGGCACAGCUUUGAGCAUCUUAUCAGUUUCUCUCCUUGCAAUUGAGAAGCUCUCGGAUAUUUCUCCACUAUUUUUCACAGGGGUGUUGGAGGCUGUGGCUGCUGCUCUCAUGAUGAAUAUUUAUAUUGUGGGUUUAAACCAGUUGACUGACAUCGAAAUAGACAAGGUUAACAAGCCAUAUCUUCCAUUGGCGUCGGGGGAGUAUUCCAUAAGUACUGGUGUGAUGAUUGUUACAUCUUUCUCUAUCAUGAGUUUUUGGCUUGGAUGGAUCGUAGGUUCGUGGCCAUUAUUUUGGGCUCUUUUCAUCAGUUUUGUUCUUGGAACAGCAUAUUCAAUCAAUCUGCCACUGUUGAGAUGGAAAAGGUUUGCGUUCGUUGCAGCGGUGUGCAUCCUAGCUGUUAGGGCAGUGAUUGUUCAACUUGCCUUCUAUCUGCAUAUGCAGAGCCAUGUGUAUGGAAGACCACCUGUCCUUUCAAGACCUCUAAUUUUUGCAACUGCAUUUAUGAGCUUCUUCUCAGUUGUUAUAGCUCUUUUCAAGGACAUACCUGAUAUUGAAGGAGAUAAGAUAUUUGGCAUUCGUUCUUUUACAGUGCGUUUGGGUCAAAACCGGGUAUUUUGGACCUGCAUUUCAUUACUUGAAAUUGCUUAUGCUGUUGCCAUUUUGGUUGGAGCAGCAUCUUCCUAUACUUGGAGCAAAUAUAUCACGAUAUUGGGUCAUGGCAUCCUGGCUUCAAUACUGUGGAACCGUGCCAAAUCUGUUGACCUGAAGAGCAAAGCUUCAAUAACUUCCUGCUACAUGUUUAUUUGGAAGCUGUUUUAUGCCGAAUACUUGCUCAUACCACUUGUAAGGUGAUAAUUACCGAUCACUUUAGAAAGUGGAUCCGUAAAUUCUUGACAAUUAUGCUCUGUCCGAACGAAACUUGAAGAUUCCGUAAGGUAUUGCAUGGCCUGGCUUCUUCUGAUAAAUUGUGAAAUGGAAGUUUAACGUGGUUAGAAAAUCGGUGCAGGAAUGCUAUCAUGCAAUGAUGGCAGCAUGCUGUUGCAUUCUUGAUCACGUAAUAACAUAAGAUCUUCAAUUUAGUUACAGUCGAUCUUGAGUUGUGCUUUGGCUCUCACUUGAUUUGGAGCGAGUACUCCAUGGAAUAAAAAGUUGAUGAGAUGUUUAAAUGGCCUUCCCGAAUUCAAAGAGUCCACCUUGUUUCUA